CCGGAUAUGAUUUGUGUUUAAUGGGCUCGAGCCCAUUUCGUUGUGUUGGAUCUCAAUUACAUCGGGACGCGACGGAGGCGAUCAGACGACGACGACGACGACGACAGGGGGAAGGAAAUGCCGGUGAGAGUUGUGGAGAGCAACGCGCCUGCUCAGGUUUCAGGAAGUGAUCCUGGGAAUCGAUCACCACUUCCGCCUAGCUCACUUCUUGCCGCCGGCCAGGCAUUUUCUGGUACGCAAAACGUCUCUAAUCAACAGAAGGAGGAAGCUUGGAGAGUUAACGUCCAGAUACAGGGAGUUGACCUUGAACAUGGCUAUCUUUGUGGCACUAUGGAAGCUCUAAACGUCCCCAUGGCAGACACUCCUGUCAUAACGUUCUGGGAAGGGGAAAUCGUUGAUGGAAAGAACUAUACUUUUUACACUGGAAAAUGGGAAGCCACGAGGGAAGAUGAUAUGAGACAUUGGUCAAAGUUCCCAUCUUUUGCACCUCUUCAGGGACAAGUUGAAUCUGACGGUGGAAGGCAGCUGGAUCUUAGCAAUUACCCUUACAUAUUUAUGAGAUGGAAAGAGCAAUACUUUGUAAACGUUGGCACAGAUUGUGGACUAACAAUAGCUGGAUUUUACUACGUAUGCUUCUCCUGCAGCGACGGAUCCAUAAGCGGUUUCUACUAUGAUCCUAACAGCAGUCCGUUUCAGAAGCUGGAGCUGAAAACAGUCAACGAAGGAAGGUCUGGUUUCAGCUUUUCUUCUUACGAGUUGCAAUGAUGAAA